AAAGCCAUUCUUUACUCUUUCACCCAACAUUUUUUUUGCACUUUAAAAAAUUCCCUGUUUCGGUCAACAUUCUAUUGCUGAUCCCAUGCGACUUUUUCAAAUUCCCUAAGCGCCGUGGACUCUGUAUCAAAUUUAUUAGCAGAAAAACAAACGCCAGGAACCGGUUGGGAAAAGAAAGUGAAAAUAUAAAACGAGUGAUAGCAAAGAUGCAAAGUUCAAAAAGUUGGAACAAUGCGAUCAUUUAUUGCUUUUAUUCUGCUAUGUCUACCAAUUUUUACAAGUUCUGUCAUUUUGAACCAAAAAAAUUCGACAGGAUUUUUUUACUGAAACUGUGGAAAUUCCGGACGAUAUUAAGGAAAUUGGAGGUGAAGCUCAAGAAGUUGAUGUCAGAGAGGGAGCUUAUAAUGCAAAUAAAGCAAAACCCCGACGAACCCGCCACGAUUAUAGUAGCGAUCCGCACCCUUCUUCCCCCGACCCCAGUUACUCUUCACACACUCCAAUCAUCUCACCAAGCAGCGACUACUCUUCAUACAGCCCGAGCUACAGUAGUUGCUACUCUACUUCAUAUAGUCCUAGCUACUCCUCCUAUGAUUCCAGCUACUCUACCUAUACUCCAAGUUACUAUAGCAACUAUUAUGGAGGCUAUAACAAUUAUGGAUAUAGCAACUAUGGAUAUGGUUACAACAAUUAUUAUUACUCUGGAAAUUAUUAUUGUUGUAAUUCAUAUCGAUCGUGCUGGAGACAAAGUUACACUUGCAGUGGAAACAGUUAUUAUUACGGAAAGUGAAGAUUUCGAGGAAAAAUAA